AUGCAGAACUGCACUUCUGUGCCAGAGUUCGUCCUGAUGGGCAUCCCUAACAGCGAGGGGCUGGAGGUCAUGCUCUUUGUCCUGUUCUUUGCCUUCUACCUCUUUACCUUGCUGGGAAACCUGCUCAUCUUCCUCACAAUCCUGGCUUCCUCCCAGCUCCACACCCCCAUGUACUUCUUCCUGGCGAACCUCUCCGUCUUUGACAUCUUCUUCCCUUCAGUGAGUUCCCCCAAAAUGAUGCUGUACCUCCUGGGACAAAGCCGGACGGUCUCUUUCCAGGGCUGCGCCUCCCAGCUCUUCUUCUACCAUUUCUUGGGGUGCACCGAGUGCUUCCUGUACACUGUGAUGGCCUACGACCGCUUUGCAGCCAUCUGCCACCCCUUGCGCUACACGGUCAUCAUGAGCCCCAGGGUGUGCGCCGCCCUGACCGUGAGCACGUGGCUGGGAGGGUGUCUGCACGGAAGCGUGCUGAGCGCUCUCGUCUUCACGCUGCCCUACUGUGGCAUCGGCGAGGUGCACAACUUCUUCUGCGACAUCCCGGUGGUGCUGCCGCUGGCCCGGGCAGACACCACGCUGGCGCAGACAGUGAGUUUCACCCAAGUGGAUGUCGUGACUCUGUCGUGCUUUUUCCUGAUCCUUACUUCCUAUGCCCGCAUUGUCUUUUCCAUCCUGAAAAUCAGUUCCGCCGAGGGCCGGCGCCGAGCCUUCUCCACCUGCAGCGCUCACCUGAUUUCAAUCCUCCUGUUCUACGGGCCUGUGAUGCUCAUCUAUCUCAGACCCACCUCCAGCCCGUGGCUGGAUUCUGUGGUUCAGGUGUUGAACAAUAUAGUCACUCCUUCCCUCAAUCCUUUGAUUUAUACCUUGAGGAACAAAGAUGUGAAGUUGGCUUUGCGGAAGGUGUUAACCCAAGUGGUCCACAUUUCUGGGGUGUAA